AUGCCAAAGGUGAAACGUUUCAAGAAUCCACGGAAGUUUGCUAAUGGACAUGCUUCAUCAUCAACUACUUCAGCGGCACUCCCAGAUGCUUCAACAAUUCCCUUGCAAGCUCACGAAGUCCCACAACAAGAACAAGCUCCAAUUCUCCUACAAGAAGAACAAGCUCCAAUUCCACCGCAACAAGCACAAGUUCCAAUUCUGCCUUCUAAUUCAAGUGUAACAUCUAUGAGCCGACGUAUAUAUUCAAAAUAUUGGAAUGUAGAUGCAAGAUGUGAAGCACAAGGAUUGCUCGCUGUAUAUUGUGGAUCAUUGGCUGUUGAUUGUAAUUUGUUCCCGAUUAGUUUUGAGAGGUGGUCAGGGCCAUUAGGCAUGCCUAAGAAGUACAUGGAAGACUGCUUUGAAACAAUAUUGAAGGUAAGUGAGUCCAGUGCAUACAGAUAUUGCAAUGCUAGUAUUUCAAAGAAGUGGUCUACACAUAGGCAGAGGUUGUGGAAUGAAUAUUUUGACCCAGCCAAAAGCAAAAAUGAGAUUCUAAGUAAUGUGCCACCAUCAACAAUGCUUUGUAGAGGAAAUAAGGAAAUUCAGAGGAUGCAAAAAAUGUCACACACUGGUGAUUCAAAAGCUAACUCGAGAAGACGAUAUGAGUUGUUUCUGAAAACUGGAAAAACUCAUAGUCGGGGAAAAAUGUUUAUUGAAACUCAUAAGAGAAGGAAUGGAUCAUUUGUGAAUGAUGAGGCACGAAUUAUAGGGAUGUUAGGGACAGAGCACUCCGGGAGAGUAAGAUGUAUGGGUAUGGGAGCAGCUCCUUCAAACACAUUCUUGAAUACCAAACGACUUAGUGAGCUGAGCAUUUCUUCAUCUAGCUAUGGUGCAUCAUCCACAAAUUCUACCUAUUUACAUCAAAAGGUCGCGCAUUUGGAGUCCCAAUUAGAAGGAACCUUGACUGCGCUGAAGGAUUACAUGAUAUCAAAGGAUGGUAGGGUUCCUGAAGAGUUUGCUAGUUUGUUUUCUCCUCAUUCACAGCCUGCUGAUGCGGAGAAUGACCAUGUUUCACCAGUGGAUAUAAGGGGAUCAUUGGUCGAUAACAACACAAAUCACCAAUCAAAUGCUUAA